AUGGGCAUUGAGGCUAUUCACGAUGCCUACGAUACGAUCCUUAUCUUGGAUUUUGGCUCUCAGUACAGUCACCUCAUCACAAGACGAUGUCGCGAGUUAAAUGUAUAUGCUGAGCUCUUGGCCUGCACUCAGAAAAUAAGAGAUCUGAAAUGGAAGCCCAAAGGCAUAAUCUUAUCCGGUUCUCCAUAUUCUGUCUAUGAUGAAGAUGCUCCACACGUCGAUCCUGAAAUUUUCCAUAUGGGUGUGCCUGUAUUAGGGAUAUGCUAUGGGCUACAGGAAAUUUCAUGGAAUUUGGGAGGGAAGGUCACUAAACCCGAUCACCGAGAAUACGGGUUCGCAGAGGUAGAGGUCAUAGAGGGAUCGAACUCUUCUUCGAAUCUUCUCUUUAAUGGCUUAGGCAAGACUAUGCAGGUUUGGAUGUCUCACGGGGACCAGUUGUCCCAGAUACCUCCUGAGUUUGAGAUCAUAGGGAAAACAAACAAUGCGCCGUUUGCUGCUAUCGCUCACAACUCCAAGCCAAUUUAUGGAAUUCAAUUUCACCCAGAGGUGACACACUCACCCCGAGGAAAGGAAGUCAUCGCCCGGUUCGUGCUUGACGUAGCGGAAUGCAAGGCAAAUUGGACGAUGGAAACAUUCAUUGGUAAAGAAAUCGCAAGGAUUCGAGAGAUCUGUGGCGAGAAAGGGCAAGUGAUUGGAGCCGUCAGUGGAGGAGUUGACAGUUCCGUCGCUGCAAAAUUGAUGCAUGAAGCUAUUGGGGAUAGGUUUCACGCAGUUCUCGUUGACAACGGGGUACUGCGCGAAAAUGAGGCAGCGGAAGUUAAAAGGAUGUUGUCCAAUGAUUUGGGGGUCAAUCUUACGGUCGUUGACGCCUCCGAACGGUUCCUGGCCAAGCUCAAUGACGUUGAAGACCCCGAGAAGAAGCGCAAAAUUAUUGGUAAUACAUUCAUAGAGGUAUUCCAAGAAGAAGCAGCUAGGAUUGAAGAAGAAGCUGAACGGGAUCUGAAGCUCAGUGGAGGGAAGAAGGGGAGAAUAGAAUGGUUGUUGCAAGGCACCCUCUAUCCAGAUGUCAUUGAGAGUGUCAGUUUUAAAGGGCCAAGCGCAACAAUCAAGACACAUCACAACGUCGGUGGCUUGCUGGAUAACAUGCGCCUUAAACUCAUCGAGCCAUUGCGAGAGCUCUUCAAAGGUGUGUGUACGAGCUCUCGGAAGACUUUUGUCCAUUCCCCGCACCUCGUCAAUCGUCAUCCAUUCCCAGGACCAGGACUCGCGAUUCGUAUUCUUGGUCCCGUCACUCGUGAGCAAGUACGAAUAGCACAGAAAGCGGACACUAUUUAUAUAGAAGAGAUUCGGAAAGCUGGUUUGUAUGACCAAAUCAGCCAAGCAUUCGCGGUCCUCUUACCAGUGAAGGCGGUUGGGGUUAUGGGGGACAAGCGCACAUAUGAGCAGGUUAUUGUCUUGCGCGCGGUCCAGACCGAGGAUUUCAUGACAGCAGACUGGUUUUCCUUCCCUCCCGAUGUACUCCGACGAAUCUCGUCUAGAAUCACGAACGAGGUCGAAGGCGUAAAUCGGGUGACCUAUGACAUCUCGUCUAAGCCACCGGGUACCGUAGAGUGGCUUUGAUCCGGGGGCGGUUUAUAUUUGGUCUACUGCGCAUCAACUUGGAUUGAAUGGCGCUUCACUGUAGGAUUUAUGGCAUAGAAGGUAGAUAUUAGAAUGAGGCCGCUGACUAGACUUUGACCAAUGAUGAAAUGUGUGGAGUGCUUUGAAAUCGUUCUGAUCCGAUCCAGAUCCUAUGCACGGGGCAUACGCAAUACUAGACUUGGGAACCAAUCAAGCCACCAAGGGGGCCCAAAGCCUGAACGUGUCGGGCGGCCCGAAAGCAAGCCGGUAUGAUGAAGAGGUCGUCGGCGCGCGCGUACGUGCUUCGACGCCAAACCUCAUCACCUUUGCCGCUCGGCUCGAAACGAAAAUGAGGAGAUAUGACGGGGAACCUACAGCUCCAGUCUCAGGGGGGAACGGCGUGGCUCAAGGGGCGACCUGACACUACCGCGCAUCGUACUUCAG